UUGGAUGCCUUCCCGCCGCCGCCAGUCACAGAGCCCAACUUCCGGGUGAGGAGUAGCAGCAGCGACGGCGCCGGGAGCAUGCGGAGGGUGACCCUGGUUGUCAAUGGCAGCCCCAGGAACGGGAAGGUUGUGGCUGUUUAUGGGACUUUAUCAGACUUGCUGUCUGUGGCGAGUAAUAAACUUGGAAUUAAAGCAACCAGUGUGUACAAUGGAAAAGGUGGACUCAUUGAUGACAUCGCUUUGAUUAGGGAUGAUGACGUUUUGUUUGUUUGUGAAGGGGGACCAUUUAUUGAUCCUCAGACAGAUGCAAAACCUCACGAAGAACUAACAGGAGCACACACAGAUUGGUUAACGUUAAAUGUCGGAGGGCGAUAUUUUACAACCACACGGAGCACUUUAGUUAAUAAAGAACCUGAAAGUAUGCUGGCCCAUAUGUUUAGAGAUAAAGAUGCCUGGGGAAAUAAGAAGGAUCACAGAGGAGCAUUCCUAAUUGACCGCAGUCCAGAGUAUUUUGAACCAAUUCUGAACUAUUUGCGUCAUGGACAGCUCAUUGUAAAUGAUGGCAUUAAUUUACUAGGUGUUUUGGAAGAAGCCAGGUUUUUUGGUAUUGAUUCACUGAUUGAACAUCUAGAAGUAGCUAUUAAGAAUUCACAGCCAGCAGAGGACCAUUCUCCUAUAUCACGAAAGGAAUUUGUCCGGUUUUUGCUGGCAACCCCAACCAAGUCUGAGCUACGUUGUCAGGGUCUAAAUUUCAGUGGAGCAGAUCUUUCCCGUCUAGAUCUUCGGUACAUAAAUUUCAAGAUGGCUAACUUAAGCCGCUGCAACCUAGCACAUGCCAACCUAUGCUGCGCAAAUCUGGAGCGAGCUGACCUCUCUGGAUCAGUGCUUGAUUGUGCAAACCUUCAAGGUGUGAAGAUGCUUUGUUCCAACGCAGAAGGAGCAUCACUAAAAGGAUGCAACUUUGAAGAUCCUUCAGGCCUUAAAGCUAACCUGGAAGGUGCUAACCUGAAAGGUGUGGACAUGGAAGGAAGUCAGAUGACAGGAAUUAAUUUAAGAGUAGCAACGCUGAAAAAUGCAAAGCUAAAAAACUGUAACCUCCGAGGAGCAACUCUGGCAGGAACUGACUUGGAGAAUUGUGAUCUUUCAGGGUGUGAUCUACAAGAAGCUAACUUGAGAGGAUCUAACGUAAAAGGAGCUAUCUUUGAAGAGAUGCUGACACCUUUACAUAUGUCUCAGAGUGUCAGAUAGGACCAGGAAGAGCUGAUGGGAAGGAAACUGGCUGACCAGAAAGAAAAGUGAAACACUUAGACUUUCUUUCUCCACCCACUCUCCUUACUAGUCUUGAAAUCAUAUUUUAUUAUGUAACUUAUAUUCAGUAGUGCCUACAGAGAAUUUGUUGUUUUUCUUCUUUUUGGGAGGAACUUUUUAUUUAUUAGCAGCAACAUCUAUCCCUAUCGCUGCCUUUUUGAAUACAGCAGGGGAAAUGGGUUGGCUUUAGAGACAGAUUUUUUUAAAGCAUUUUUUAUCAUCACCUCAAUUCGGAAUAGACGUUAAGGAUUUUAACUUAUAAAAGCACAAUAUAUGCAAUCUGUUAUUUGUUAAAUCUGUAGCUACAUACGAGUAUAUAAAAUAUUAAAUUCAUGUACAGUAGCAAAAAGGUCAGGUUUACAACUAGCAUUAGUGUGUCUGCAGUUAGUUCCUGUGUCCAUGCACAAUAUAUUGAAUGAUGAAUGUGUUGGGAACAAAGCCCACAGAACAUUUUUUCAGGUACUUUUUUAAAAGGGGGGGGGAGGGGGAGUACACAGCCUUUUUUUUUUUUUUUUAAGUCAUCACAGGUAGCAUACUGCCUUUUAGUAGUUUGAUUGUGGGUAUACAAUUGCUUGAUCAACUACAGAAAUAGGCAGUGGAAACCUUUUCUAGUGAAGAGAAUGGCAAAGAAAUUCAGAGUGGAGUGCUGCUAUUAUUAUGAGCAUCUUAAGUGUGCAUAUUUCAAUACAACCUAUUUAUUUAAUCCUCUCAGUGUAAAAUUGCACUAUUCAAGUUGACAGGCAUAAAUCCCUUGGGUACGUAAUCCUUUCCUAUAUUGAAUUUGAGUGCCCAUGCAUUCUGUGGGGAACAAAAUUAGAAGAGAGAAAAUCCAUCCCCUUCACCAAGAGGCAUUAGGCACUACAUUUCUGCAUGGCUUCUUGACUUCUCCAGUAGACAAAAGGAAUGGCAACUCUUGCACCUGAACACACAUUAUGCAAGUUUUCUUGUAUGACAGAAGCAUGGAUAAGAGCUCUGAACCGGUACAAUGUGCAAAACCCCUUUCCAGUCCCACUUGUGAUUACAUAGGAAUAUAUAGAGAUUCUGCUAGGCCUGCGCAAAGCGGCUAGUAUUUGCUUAGAGUCUGAUUCAGAGAUUUGGCUGCAGCCGAAUCAGCCAAAGCAGCCCAUCCCCCCGCCCGCUCCCCCAGCCCCGUCAAUGGCUGCCCUGCCUGGCUCCAGCCUCCCAGCUCAGAAACCGAACCCCCCCACCUCCCCUUGCUGCCAAGCAGAGGGGCAAUCCCCACUGCCCUGCAGGGA